AUGAAAUUUGCUAAAUUUUCAGCAAUAUCCAUAUAUACUGCUUCACGCUCCCACUCCUUUCUUAGACUCCAGUGUUUGAUCCGCAAGAGCAAUAUGUCAGGAGGAUAUACACUCAGGGUUAUUCCUCUGUCAAGCCACAGUAUCCAGAGCUGCGAAAAAACCUCUGGUACGGACUGCAUGAGUGACAUGGAUUCUUGGGCAGAUCAGUCAUCGUUGCCAAACGCAACCUCAAUGUUUCAGCGAGAGAGGUUAAACCAUGGGAAGGUGGAGAUAUCACCAUCGGCAUACGACACGGCGUGGGUGGCGAUGGUGCCGGCCAGGGGAUAUUCCGGCAGUAAGCAGCCCUGUUUUCCGCAGUGCUUGGAUUGGAUAAUGAAAAAUCAGAAUCCGGACGGGUCAUGGGGUUUGCAGUAUCCCGGGCAUUCAUUGCUGGUGAAGGACUCCCUUUCGUCCACAUUGGCGUGCGUGCUUGCUCUCCGCAAGUGGAAUGAAGGCCAGCAACUGGAUUGGACUUCCUCAGGUCUAAUGGUUGGGUUGCCAGUAGGAAAGAUCAGUUUUCUCCCGUUGGAUUCAGUGUUAUUCUUUCCUGCUAUGAUUAACUAUGCUAAGGAACUAGAUUUAACUCUGCCCUUAAGCUCAACUUUAGUUGAUUCAUUACUUCACGUUCGAGAUUCAGAAAUUAGAAGAAACCAAAACCUGGAAUAUGUUGCUGAAGGACUUGGAAAUUCAUGCAAUUGGAAGGAGAUAUUGACACGUCAAACAAGUAACGGAUCAUUGUUUAACUCACCGGCUACUACUGCAGCUGCUUUGAUUCAGUGUCAUGAUGAUAAAUGCUUUCAAUAUUCGAUCUCGGUUCUCAAAGUUUUUGACAGAUGGGUCCCUACUAUGUAUCCUAUGGCUAUAUACACUCAUCUCUGCAUGGUUGACACCCUGGAAAGGUUGGGAGUAAGUCGGUAUUUUAGACAUGAGAUUGACUGUAUUCUUGAUGAAAUGUACAGGUGUUGGCAGGGGAAAGAAGAAGAGAUCUCGGGCCAUGAAUUUAUUGACAGAGAACAUUUCUUCAAUACGGUUGGCAGACAAUACAGUGGUGUAACCACAGUUCUUGAGCUCUACAGAGCCUCACAGAUGAGGAUAUACAAAGAAGAAGCCAUUCUUGAGAAAAUUCAUGCUUGGACUAGUGCUUUUCUGAAGCAGCAGCUGCUAAGCGGAAGUAUUCUGGACAAGGGAUUGCAUAAACAGGUGACGGAUAAGAUUAAGAAUUUUCAUGGUACGUUAGACGGAGUUGGAAACAGACGAAGCAUUGAACUAUAUGACGUUCAAAAUGUUCAAAUUCUGAAAGCAGCAUAUAUGCGCCGCACAAUUCAUAAUGAAGAUUUUAUCCAAUUCUCUGUGCAAGAUUUCAGUAUUUCCCAGGAUCAAUACCAAAAAGAACUUCAGCAAAUUCAGAGGUGGUGCGCUGAAUGUAGGUUGGACCGCUUAAAUCAAGGAAGGAAAGCAUUACAAGUUUGUUAUUUUCUGUCAGCUGCGGUUAUUGUCGAUCGUGAAUUAUCUACUGCUCGUAUGUCCUAUGCUCAAGUUAUUGUUCUACUAACUUGCUUGGAUGAUUAUUUCGAUCUUUAUGGAUCUAGAGAAGAAGCCCUCCGUAUUAUCGAGUUAGUACGCAACUGGAAUAUGCAGCCAGCAAAGACUGAGCUCUCUGAAGAAGCUGAAAUUCUAUUCACUGCACUAUACAAAACAGUAAAUGAAGUUGCAGCAGAGGCUUAUGCCACGCAAGGCCGUUGUGUAAAACACGAUUUAGUUAGCAUGUGGGUAGAACUACUAACAAACUCUGCAAGAACAAAGGAACCUUGGAGCGACAGCAAAAUGCCAAACCUGGAUGAGCACUUGUCUAUUGCGUGGAAAACUGUUGGUUGCAAACUUUGUGUUCUAACAUCGAUCCAUUUCCUAGGGAUGAAAUUACCUGCAGACGUGUUCACAUGUGCAGAGCUCACUAAUUUGUGCAAGAACGCUUCACUGGUUUGCCGACUUCUCAACGAUCUCAGGACUUUCAAGAGGGAAUACGCCGAAAGGGUACUGAACAGUGUGAGUGUGCAAACAAUUGAAGGAGCCAUCUCAGAGGAGGAGGCCAUUUUAAAGGUAAAGCAAAUGAUAGAAGAUAAUAAGAGAAAAGUGCUGCGGAUGGUUUAUCAAAGAGAAGGAAGCGUUGUCCCACGAAAAUGUAAAAAACUCUUCUGGAAGACAUGCAAGAUUGCUUAUUUUUUGUACUCGCACGAUGGAGGCGAUGAAUUCACGUCCCCGCAGGAAAUCACUAAGGAUAUGAAUGCAGUGAUCUGGGAACCCCUGGAGCCUAAAUCAUUCUCAGAGGCAGUUGAACAUCAAGAGUGGAGGGAUGCGAUGCGAUCUGAAUUGGAUACCUUGGAGAAAAGCAGUACUUGGCAUUUGAGCACUUUACCCGAGGGAAAACUAGCGAUUGGGUGUAAAUGGGCCUCUCGACAAUGGAACGUGGAAUUCACUGCCUAUGGGUUUCGUCAAUCGGUGCAUGAUCACUACCUCUUUGUCAAAGACAUUCCCUUAGGACCGAUUGUGCUGUUAGUUUACGUCGAUGACAUAUUGAUUACUGGUCCUUCGCUGUCAGCCAUUCAGGAGGUGAAGAAUUACCUCCACACCUUAUUCACGAUCAAAGACAUUGGUGAUGCUCGCUAUUUACUCGGGCUGGAAAUUGCUUGA